CCUCCUCCAAACAUGGCGCCGGCCCGCAGCAUUGCUGCUACCCCGACAGACGACGCAGAGAGGGACAGAAAGAGGAGAAGAAGAAGCGGGUAGUAACCCACCCUGAACGUGUUUUAAAAAGUAUUUUAAAACGAACACAACUUCAGGCUAGACUUUACUUGCUGCUUUUGGAUACGUUUACGCGUCUGGCUGUGCGCGUAGAGCCCACCUGUGCGACGAAGGUAGAUUUCACAAUGUUUCGUGUAGGAUGUGAAUCUCCCUGAUUUAUGUGACAUAACGGAGCAGACUGGGCAGACAGACGGGUAACUCUGGGUCAGAGUUGGCUCUGGUAAAAACAUGUGCAGCCCUGUGAGGAGCAGAAACACAGAGGUUGUAGAGGACUGAGUCUUUCCAGGAAUAAAAAAACCCCCAACUUUUACGCACUUUCACGCCGAGAGGAUGGAUGGAGAACAAUCUGCGCUGUCAGGAGUUGAGAGGGAAAGAGAGAAGCUUCCACCAAUUUACAACAGCUCCCCUCCUGCUGGUAUAGGACGAGGAGCUAAGCAGCCGUUUCCGUCUCUGGGCACCUUCAUCUCCACACUGAGCCAGCGGCGGGACGCGGCGGGGCGGGGCUUGGCUGGCGGCAUGACGGGCACCCUGACCAGCACCCAGUGGCUCAGACACGGGAGAGAGCUGCCUCCGAUCUGCAGUGAUGUUCGCCAAAAGCAGCGGCUCUCCAUUGACACUCUGCCCCCAGAGGUCAAAGCUCCGUUUCCCUCCGACCCCAUCAUCCCCCUGCGAACCAAGACCACCAAGGAGUUUCUAGAGGACAUGGAGGGUGCCGUCCAAUCAGGUGACUGGAGGGAGGUCCGAGAGUUUUACCUGACCACCUUUGAUUCCUUCAUAGAAAUCAACGCUGCCUUUAAGCGAGAGGCGAACGGAUCGUUUAACACCAUAGAUGACUCGGGAGUCAACGCCAAGUUUGUCAACGCUGUUUACGACGCACUGCUCAGCACACCUCAGGACAUCCAGAAGUCAGUGUUGAAAGGGAUCAUCAACAGCCUGCUGAGGGAGUGGAAAGGGCCUCGGACAAAAGAUGACCUGCGGGCUUAUUUCAUUCUUGUUCAGAACCCCCAGUAUUCAAGCACCAGCACCUACGUGAUCUACGCUCACCUGCUGAGACAGAUCGCAGCUCUGUCUGAGGCCGACCACCACUUCCUGGUUCACUGGCUCAAAAAGCUGUCGGUGAGGCGUUUCAGGCAGCUGGUAGAGCGCCUCCUGCAGUUCAUCUCCACCCGUCUGUUUCCUGCAGAACCAGACGAAUUUCCUCCUCUGGCCAAGUGCGCCUGGUGGAUUCCCUCUGCUACCAAAGUGCUCGGCCUGUUCAAUGCAGCCAACAGUGUCUCCUCUCCUCCCAUCAUGCCUUUCACCGACUUCUACAACAUCACUCUGGAGCACAUAGACUUCAUGGAGGAGUACAGGACCUGGCAGAACUACGGCAAUUCAAAUAGGUUCUCCUUUUGUCAGUUUCCCUUCAUCCUUUCGACUGUGGUGAAGAAAGCCAUCAUCCAGAAAGACUCUGAGCAACAGAUGAUCAGUCAGGCCAGGCAAAGCCUGGUCAGUAAGGUUUCUCGCAGGCAGAGAGUGGACAUGAACCUUCUGUUCCUCAACAUUAAAGUACGACGAGCACAACUCCUCAGCGACUCACUGGAUGAGUUGAUGAGGAAGCGGUGCGACCUGAAGAAGAAGCUGCGGGUGACGUUUGUCGGGGAGGCGGGGCUGGACAUGGGCGGCCUGACGAAGGAGUGGUUCCUGCUGCUGGUCCGACAGAUCUUCCACACAGACUACGGAAUGUUCACCUACAUGAAGGACUCGCGCUGCCAUUGGUUCAGCAGUUGGAAGUGUGACAACUAUUCUGAGUUCCAGUUGGUUGGGACUCUGAUGGGCUUGGCAGUUUACAACAGCAUCGCUCUGGACAUCCACUUCCCACUCUACUGUUACAGGAAGCUCCUCAGUCCACCUACUGUGCCAUGUGACCAAAAUGCCCUUGUUGGGAUGGCACCCGCCACCCUGGACGACCUGCAGCAGAUCAUGCCGGAGCUGGCUCAUGGUUUGGGAGAGCUGCUGAGCUACGAGGGAAACGUAGAGGAAGACUUCUACCUCAGCUUCCAGGUGUACCAGGAGGAAAUGGGCGUGGUCAAAUCCUACAACCUGAAGACUGGAGGAGACAAAAUCCCCGUCACCAAGCACAACAGGAAGGAGUAUGUCCAGCUCUACGUCGACUUCCUGCUGAAUAAAUCCAUUUAUAAACAGUUUGCUGCCUUCUACCAUGGAUUCCACAGUGUGUGUGCCUCCGAUGCGCUCAUGUUGCUGCGGCCGGAGGAGGUGGAGAUGUUGGUGUGCGGCAGUCCAGAGCUCGACAUGACCGCUCUGCAGAAAGCUGCUCAAUAUGAAGGAUUCAGCAAGACCGACACGACCGUACGGUGUUUCUGGGAUGUGGUGUUGGCUUUCCCUCUGGAGCUGCAGAAGAAGCUCCUCCACUUCGCCACAGGAAGUGACCGCGUUCCCGUAGGAGGAAUGGCCGACCUCAACUUCAAAAUCUCCAAGAUCGAAGUUCCAACUGACUGGUUGCCGAUCUCUCACACCUGUUUCAAUCAGAUUUGUCUGCCUCCGUAUCGAACCAGGAAGGAGCUCAAACACAAACUCACCAUCGCCAUUUCCAACGCUGAGGGCUUCGGCCUGGAGUGACCAGCCUACACACACACACACACACACACACACACAGACACACAGACUAUUAGUGGCGUUAGCUAUCUGUCUGCCACAGCUAUCACAACGCACCUUAUGUAUCUCUUUGGUCGUAGAUCAGACUGUAGAGGGAAUGAGUUUCUCAACAAUAUUAUUAUGUACUGUAACGCAGUUUGUAUUGUAAAAUCGGGGUCUGACAGCUCAGUGUGUGAGUGUUGUAAGAAGAUGGGAACUUCCCACCGCAACAGCCACAGAGAAACACUAGAAAUGUUUUUAUUUGCACACGGACUAUGUUAGUUUUAAUGUUAGACAGCCCUGACUGAAGAAAUUCAGAUUUUUAGUUGUUGUCACGGGGGGGGGGGGGUAUAUCAGCGUAGGCCUCCCGAACCCGUUGCUGGUCCAAAUCAAGGUUUCAUGAAUGAAAUUUUAAACAUGUCUGGGCCCAUACCACUGAAAAGUCAUGUGUGUUCUCCAGAAACCUUGUAUUUAAAUAAUAAUAGGUUGCUGGUUUGCUCAGGUAAUUAUUAUUAUCAAUAUUAGAGAACAAGGUAUUUGUACACCAUGUUCAAUGAUCCUGUAUUUUAUGGUGCUGCGUAAACUGAGACUAAGUCUGCAUUAAGCCGGUCUUAAUUUUUAAAUGCAUCUUUUUCUUUCCAUUUCCUGCCAGAAUAGAGAAGUUUUUCUCCCCCCAAAGUGGAGCUUUUCCAAAACGGCCUUCAGGGAGCGUAAAUGUUAAAAUGCCUGCUUGGUGUUCCAGUGAGGGUCGGAAGGUGUGUCCCUGUAAAGUUAAAAAGGUAAACAUUUAGUCGUCUCUGUGAUUAUUCAUUUUAAAAGACGUUAACAACGUUAACAACUACUAAGAGUAGUUGUCGUAAACAUGGAUUUAUUAUUUAUUUAUUCAUUUUGUCAGACGAUGUUGCAGCUAUGAAUCAAUGACUCAUUCUCACUCCUAAGUCAUCACAUACGGACGCAUGGUCAAGACCGCUUGGCGUUAGUUUAUAAAGCAAUGGGAAGCCCUUUUUUUUAAACGCUAAAAGUAGGUUGUGUAGGCCAGAAACCGGACUUUCAUCAAGAGGCUGGUGUUUGUUUAGAGUGGUGUUAUAACUUAUUGUACCCCAAACCAUGAUGUUUUCCUAAAAAUAACCAAGUAGUUUGGGUGCCUAAACCUAACCAAACUGCAGUGUUUCACAUUGACCAUGCACGUUUCACAACGUUAACCGCUAGUUUUAUUUUGAAAGUCUAACUGAAUGUUGCAUAUUUGUUAUUGCAAAUUCGACCGCGGAGCCCUACACGUGCAAAAACAGGUCCCAGGGUGUUGACUAAGCGUCCAAUGUGUUGUUUAGUCAGCCGGCUGUCUGUCUGGCCCACUCCUUACAUGAUGUUGGCUGAGAUGCAGUUUUGAUGUCGACCAACUGAAAAGUCAGAUUUUUUCCGGGUUGUUUUCAGGUUUUUUCAUGCCAUUCAGGUGUGUCACUGUCAUUUUCAUACGGCUCAAUGUAGACAUAGUCUGAGUUGAACAGAAAAUCAGGCUGGAGUUCAAAUUACAAACGCAACAGAUACAGUACAAGUAAAAAAAAAUGAAGGUUAGGUCAGUAAAAAUAUUAAUUGGAAUAUAAGAUUUCUGGAGAACAGUCAAGUGUUGAUGUUUUAAUAUUUCCUGUUUGUGUGGAUUCUGACUUCACUGCUUUGGUGACUUUUUAAAUGUAUUUUUAUGAAGGCAUAGGAAAUGUGUUUUUAAAUCCCUUGCUUUGUUUGCAGCACACUGUCGGGAUGUAAAGCUUUGCUGGGAGAAGAACGCUAUUGUGUAUCAUGAGAUAUAGACUGUCUUGUGAUUUGUUUUAUUGUUGUUUUUUUGACAUUGCUGCCUGUUUAAUUGAACAAAAGGCUGCAGCACAACUGUUUCUAAUUUAGUUGUAAAUGUUGUAAUGUUGUGGUACAGAGCUGAUUGACAGCUGGGUGUUUGUUUUGGCUCUCUCGGCUGCCGUCAGGUUGAGAGGUGACCAACGACCGGCAGCGGGAAGCUGGUAGAUGUUAGUCGAGAAUGGAUCAGAAGAUGAAGCAGGAUGGGAAAAGAAGUCAUCUUCUAGAGGUCCUGUUAUUAACAAGUAGUCCAAUAGUCAGACUGGUUAUUUGAGUAUUGAGAUAUUUCAGCUAUUGUGGUGAAGUGCUUACAGAUUAUUACAUCAUACCGAAUGUCCUCGGAAAAAUCCAAAGAAGCACAUAAUUUCUUUCUCAUGUAGGGACUGAAGUUCUGCUUUUAAGCGCUGUGCAUUAUCGAUUAUGGAUUAAUAUUCUCGAUUAAUCAAUUAGUUGUUUGGUCAAUGAAAUGUCAUAGAUGGUAAAAAAGAAAAAUGUCAAUGAGUGUUUACCAAAGCCCAAGAUGACGUCCUCAAUUGUCUUGGUUUAACCCAAAGAUAUUCAGUUUACCGUCAUAGAGGAGGAAAAAAACAGAAAAUAUUCACAUAUAAGAAGCUGAAUCUGAGAAUUUAGUUAGUUAUCUUAAAACGAUGAAUCAAUUAUCCAAAUAGUUGCCAAUUCAUUUUAUAUUUGACAAGUAAUCGAUGAAUCAGCUAAUCGUUACAGCUCUUGUGCUCGCUGCUGUCAAGUGUGGUCAGAAACUUUGUUACUUUGUGGAAAGUGAUGCUCCGUUUUCAACAACAGGUAAAUUACACUAGGUGCAGCUCUGAGGAGGACAUGGUGCCAUUAGUUUUUUACAUGGACUGUGUUCAAUACAAACGUUUUCACCUGCACUUAGUCUUAGUUUUUUCUAUUUUGAAUUUAAUCUUCCUUCAAGUGGGAGCUUAUUUUUUAAGAUUCAAUUAAUGUGGAACUUCACGAGCAGAAUCUAACUUAUAGUCAGUCUCCCCUACCCCCGACCUUAUUUUAGAACCUGUCUGUCAGAUCACAGCGCCCUUCUCUCCAAUGAUUCUUCUCCAUUCAACAAGAAAGACAUCACAUUAAGGAAGUUAAGAUGCUAGUUCUCUGGGGAAACGCUGAAUCAGGGAAGUAGAAAUUCAGACAGUCAUGAUUUAAAUGUUGGUGGCAUCCAGACUUUCUGCCUUUGGUUUAGCUUAACUUUUUUGGCUUUCAAUCAGAGCUGUGCUGGUUUUAAACACUCAGCACUCUUAUUUAAAGCUUGCCAUGGGAAAUGUCUGAAUUCCUAAAGACGAGCUGGUAAAAAAAACAACAAAAAAAACAGGUUACCAAGCAACAGCCGGAUCUGGGUCACUCAUUCAGUCUCACUGAGCGUCUAUAGGGUCUGAAAAAGCUCCUUAUACAACAGCGGAUGCUUUUUUUUGUCAUUUAACGACAAGUCCAGAGCAACAGCAGGAGCCAGAAGCAUCAAAUCAUCUGUUUGAGAAGGACUUCAUUCCACAUUCACACCAUGGACUGGGAAAAAUGUCAGCAUCACUAUGCUGAAUACAAAAAGGACACAUUUUAUGGCCUUGAAAUGGGAGAGGUUGUCAGAGGAGCUUGGAUAAAUGGGAUAAUGUGAUGUCUGAGAAGUUGGGGGGGGGUUUGCUAUGUGAAUCUGACCCAGGUCUGUUGUAUGUGAAUGGGACCAAACUGUGUCAGGUUAUACAGUGGGAAGGCAGCGUAAAGACCUUGUUAAAAAAAAUCUGUUUGAAAAUAGUUUGAAUGGAUUCAAAGGAUUUGUUGAGAUGUAAUUAUUUGAACUUGUCAGAAAAGAGCACUUAAAAAGUAGAGAAAAGUCAUGUUUGUUUUUAUUAUUUAACAGUUGUAAACCUUCAGGUUCAUCGGUAUCUGUCCGUUAAAUGUAUGUACAAUUCCUUCUGUUGGGUUUUAACAUGAAUUACAUCAGUUUGUAAUGACUGUCUCUCGAGUGAAUGACCAUGCAUGACCCAUUUUGAAAACGUCUUGUGCUUCUCUGUUGCCUAAGUGUUAUAUAAUAUACUGUAUGUACUGCAAUGUUUCCACAAGUAUUUACUGUAAAGUAAAGGUUGACAGGGGGGUCGUUCCUCUCUAGAAAAAGA